AUGGACAACUUCGCUUGUCUAGGAGGCACACUCUCGCGCAACACAAACAUCGACGAUGCGGUUGCCCUUCGUCUCUUCAAAGGCAGCCAUGCCUUCAGUCGGCUGCAAGCCUCCGCGCGGAAUUGCCACGGUCUUCAAACGAGCAGCGAACUGAUGAUGUACAAGGCCGUCGCCCUGACGACACUUCUCCACGGUGCGGAGAUUUGGACCGUCUACUCCAGUCAUGGCAGAAAGCUCAACCACAUCCGUCUCACCUGCAUCCACAGAAUACUGAAGCAGAGGUGGCAGAACAGGAAAUCGGACACGGGAGUCCUGGGACGGACCGAAAUCCUUAAGAUCCACGCCAUGUUGAGACAACUGCCACUUCGCUCGAGCGGCCAGCUGAUGAAAAUGGACGACGCUCGCCUAUCAAAACAACUCUCCUACGGAAAUGUCGCCAGGGGGUGUUCACCGGCCGGAAGGGCAAAAACGACACCGUAA